AUGCUGGGCGGGCACGCUGUAAACCAAUUGGGCAAAGAAGUUGCGGAGCUGGCAAACCAACUGCAUCAGAUCCACCAGCAGGUCCUGGCGCAAGACAGCUCCAACAUGACGGUGGCGGCCAAGCUCCGCGGCGAGGUGGCCGCCAAGUCCGCUGAGUGCCGGGGCGACGUGGCUGCCUUGCGCAGCGAGAUGCUGAAGAAGAUGGAGGUCUCUGCCGCAGGAGGCUCGCCCCAGGUGGGCGACGGAUCGAAAGGUGGAGGCUUCGGGCUGCAGUCGAACGCGGCGCUGGCUGGGCAGAUGACCGAGACGGUCAGGUUGGUGCAGAUCAUCGCGCAAAGCACCGAGCACUUGGGGGAGAAGCUUUGUGACGAGGUGAGCGAUCGACAAAAGGGAGACGUAGCCUUGUCUCAGCGCCUCAUCUCGGUGGAGAGAUGCCUCGGCGAGGUGGCCUCUUUCUCCGCACCUUCGGAGGUCUUUGAGGAGCCGAUGGUCACCACCCCCUUGUCCUCGCCGCGGCGCAUCGAAGGUGCCUAUACCACGGAGGCAGCGCCCAGGCCAUCCUUCGUCAGCGACAGCCUCAAGGACUCGCUGGAACAGCUGGUGACCCGGGUGAACAAGAUGCUCAAGCCGGAGCAGAAGGAGAGGGCGACGCCCUCCGGACGAUCGGUGAACAACUCGGCUGCUGUUUCCCGGGAGAACUCCCUGCAGCCCGGAGCGACGCCUGGGGAACGAGGAGGCAGCAUCCGUGGUCGCUCGAGCAUCCAGCGCGAGUCGUCCAUGCAGAAGAUGAGUGCCAACGCCAAGGCGGCUCCUGGCAAUGCCAAGUUUGAGGGAGCGGCUUCCGCGCGCUCGCCCAGCGUGAAAGGCGGCGCGAGUGUCGGUCCAGCAGUGGCCUUCAGUGGCGGCCGGGGUGCCAGCUUUGUGGGGUCCGCCGCCGCAGGGCCGAGUCCCCAGCCCCAGCCGCGGCACUCGUUGCAACUCCCACAGCGGCAAGUGGUGCAGGGCGGCGUCCCGCAAGGUGCGGUGCCCUGCGGCGGCAUGCCGCAAGGGGUGCCGCAGGGCGUGCCGCAAGGGGUGCAAAGCGCAGGACAUGGCGGCCACGGCAUGCCUCAGGCUGGCUUCCAGGUCUUCCGCAUGGCCUCCCACGUGAGCUCGCAGGUCCCGCCGCAGGUCGCACCGGCAGCCAAGGCGGUGGCCAAGGCAGGACGAUGA